GUAAACAAAUAUAAAACCAUAACCAAAUAAUUAAAGAAGAGAAAUUGGAGAAGAAGCUGUCUGGACAUUAAGUUCUGCAAAACCAGGAAAUGGAAUCGAAUAAUUAAGAGAUGGUGAUGAUAAAACAUUUUGGCAGUCUGAUGGAAAUCAGCCACAUUUUAUAAAUAUAUAGUUUCAAAAAAAAUGAGAAUUUAGGAAAUCGCUAUAUAAUUAGAUUUUAAAACUGAUGAAAGUUAUACUCCUAGUAAAAUAUCUAUAAGAGCUGGUACAAAUUUGCAAGAUUUAACAGUAUAAAAUAUAAUAGAAGAAAUAUUAUAAAUAUAAUUUAUUAUUAAGGAAGCUGUUUAUGUAGAACUAAAUGAACCAACUGGUUGGUAUAUUUUUCCAUUAAAAACUAAACUAUUGGAUGAAACUGAAAAACCUUAUAUUUUAACAAUGAAUAUUUAAAUUGCAAUAUUAUAAAAUUAACAUAGUGGAAAAGAUACUCAUGUAAGAUAAAUUUUAAUUUUUGGUCCUAGAGAAAAAUAAAAUUAAGGAUUAGGAUUUCCUAAUUUUAAAAGUCCCGAUAUUACUUAAUAUUAUACAAUUAGAUGA